AUGGAUUAUGAAAACUUGCUUCAAAAAUAUCCGACUUCCUCUUAUGCAAAAACACAAAGGUCUUCUAGUGUCAAUCAAAACUCUCAAAAGUAGGAAAGCUCUCAGCAAAUCAAACCUCAAACAUUAUUAAAAAAAUUGGAAGAAAUCCUCCAAUAGAGACAAUAAUAACUCAACCAAGAGAAGUCGAAAAAGAAAAAGAAUACGCAACACAAGGGAGAGUACACAGAAAGGAUAUCCGAAAAGAAGAAUGUUUAAAAAUUAUUAGAAAAUUAAAAAUGGAAGGCCGAUUUACAAAAUUUUGUAUCUGUUUCAAAAUAACGCUUAUAUAGGUUACUGAGAAAAAGGAAAGAAAAAGCGCUUAUCCUAACUUGAUGUCAUUAUAGCCAUCCACUUAAAAUUUAUUUGAUAUGUUCUCUCAAGAUAGUAAUAGCAGAAAUCCCACAACAACAGCUAGAAGCAAAAAGGGUGAAGGUUCUCCAAAAAAAGGAAGGGCUAAUGUAUUUUUAUUCUGUUAAAUCAUUUAUAGUCUAUUAUGGAAGGAUGCAAUCUCAAUGAAAGAGAUAAAGGAACAUUGAUAAAAUUGAAUCAGCAAUUAUAAAUUUAGAAUAACCACUUAAAUGAAUAGCUAAAGUUUGAACAGAGCCAAAACACGAAGCUAAGUUUAUAGAUGAUCAGUAUGAAUGAUUAAAUCACAUUAUUAACGAAGUAUUAUUUAUUUUUGUUUAGGGUAAUUAAAAGAGAGUUAGAAACAAGUAGAGUAUCGAGAUAAGGAGAGUGAGGAGA